AUGAUGUCCUUUUGCCACAACAUAAUUAAUAUUUCCUGCGUGAAAAGCAGCUGGUCAAAUGACGUCCGUGCUUCCCUCUACAGUUUGAUGGUGUUCAUAAUUCUAACCACGCUGCUUGGCAAUCUGAUGGUUAUUAUUUCCAUUUCACACUUCAAGCAACUUCAUACCCCAACGAAUUGGCUCAUUCAUUCCAUGGCCACUGUGGACUUUCUGCUGGGGUGCCUGGUCAUGCCUUACAGCAUGGUGAGGUCUGUUGAGCACUGCUGGCAUUUUGGAGAAGUCUUCUGUAAAAUUCACACCAGCACUGAUAUUAUGCUGAGCUCAGCAUCCAUUUUCCACUUGUCCUUCAUUGCCAUCGACCGCUACUGUGCUGUGUGUGACCCGCUGAGAUACAAAGCCAGGAUAACUGUCUUGGUUAUUUUUGUCAUGAUCUUCAUCAGUUGGAGCGUCCCUGCUCUUUUUGCAUUUGGAAUGAUCUUUCUGGAGCUAAACUUCAAAGGAGCUGAAGAGAUGUAUUACAAACGUAUUCACUGCAUAGGGUAUUGCUCUGUCUUCUUUAGCAAAACAUCUGGGGUACUCGCCUUUGUGACUUCUUUCUAUAUACCUGGAUCUAUCAUGUUGUGUGUCUAUUUUAGAAUCUAUUUCAUAGCUAAAGGGCAGGCAAGAUCAAUUAAUGAUGCAAGCCAGAAGCUUCAAAUUGGAUUGGAAGAGAAAAAUGGAAUUUCACGAACCAAAGAAGGCAAAGCGGCAAAGACUUUAGGGAUUGUGAUGGGAGUUUUCCUAAUAUGCUGGUGUCCUUUCUUUGUCUGCAUUGUCAUGGAUCCUUUCCUGGACUACGCUAUCCCACUCACCCUGAAUGACGCAUUGAUUUGGUUUGGCUACUUGAACUCUACUUUUAAUCCAAUGAUUUACGCGUUUUUCUAUCCCUCGUUCAGAAGAGCACUGAAGAUGAUUCUAUUUGGCAAAAUUUUCCAAAAAGAUUCAUCUAGGUGUCAAUUAUUUUUAGAAUCAAAUCCAUAG